AUGCAAGAUCAUGGAAACUUUAUCAUUCCAUGUUCGAUAGGAGAAAAUUAUGUAGGGAAGGCACUAUAUGACCUUGUCUCAAGUGUGAACUUAAUGCCUAAGUCAAGCUUCGUGAAACUUGGAAUAAGAAAUGCAAGACCCACCUCUGUUAUCUUGCAACUAGCCGAUCGCUCUCAUGUUCAUCCCGAGGGGCAAGUCGAGGAUGUCAUUGUAAAGGUGGACAAUUUUUUGUUUCCAAUAGACUUCCUUAUAUUGGAUUGCGAAGUUGAUGCCACAACACCCAUAAUCUUGGGGAGACCCUUUCUAGCUACCGAACGUAUUCUUAUCGACUAUAAGAAGGGUGAGCUCACCAUGAGAGUAGCCAACCAAUAUGUUAUCGUUAAUGUUUUCCAUACUCUCAAGUACAUGGAUGAGUAUGAAGAAUGCCAAAACAUUUUCAAAGCGGAUUCAUUGAUAGCAGAAGAAGUUGAUCAAAUUUACCAUGACAAUUUCAUUCAGCUGGAAAUUAUGAGAGACUUAUUAAGAAAGAAAGUGUCUAAGUGUCCAAUGACUUUUCUUUGGAGGUGA